AAACUACACCCUCCUCUCUUUCUCCAAAUCCUCCACAAAACCAAGCAAAACCCACAACUCUCUUUGGAUUUCUUCAACUGGGCCAAGUCCCAUUUACGUUUCGAACCAGACCUCAAGUCCCACUGCCAAAUCAUCCAACUCUCACUCGGGUCUGGCCUCAUCCGACCCGCCAAACCCAUCAUGGACACACUAAUCCAGACCCAUCAUGUUUCCAAGCUUAUACAGUCCAUGGUUCAGGUUACAGUUGCGAAGAUGGAAGUGGCCUCCGUUCAAUUUACCAGAAGCAGGAGAGGGGUGUGAGGAUAUGAUGAUGUUGGUUAUCCCAGACAAGCUGUGGAGGCGAGUCUUAGAAAUCGGGGGGUUGAGCUACAAAGACCUCUGCUGUGUAUCAAUCACCUGCUGGCGCAUCCACCGACUAUCCGAUGAGGAUCUUCUCUGGUCCCGCAUCCUCUCCUCCGAUUUCCCUCCUCAUUCCUCUUCUUCGUCCUCCUCUAAAUCUCUCUAUAAACUCAGAUUUGAGAGAGAUCGGGAUAAGAGAAAGGUGACCCAUCAAAGAGCGGUGUUGAGGAAGGAGAGCCAGAUUAUUGAACAUUCCCGAAAGCUCCGGGAUAUGGAGACCCGAUUGGCCCAAGAGACCGACAGAAUGCGAGCCACUCUUGUUGAACUCUCCAAUUUUCACAAGGUCAGGCAAGCUUCUUCACUAGCAUUGAAUAAUGUGUGGCAGCGAGAGAUAACUAGGGGUCGACAAAAACAAAUAGUGGAGCAAUGCGUUGUACCAGCUGAGUCUCGGCACCAUGCCCUUGAAAUGGAGCUUAGGCUCUGUAAGAUGCUGAUUUCAGGGUUAGAAAAGGCGUGUAAAGAUGAGAAGCGACGGCUUGGUUUGGUUGAACAAGAGUUGCAACCUAUGAGAUAUCACCCCUUACGAGAUCAGAAGCCACUGAUUCCAGGGGAUGCUCAAUGUACUGGCAAGAGCAAAAAGUUGAAAAGAUUUCAUGGCCAAGGAAUCUGUUUGUCUUGUCGUCAUCCUUCUUCCUCAUCAGAUUACAUUGUCAUGGUUGACUCGAUUAGGUUCCAAGUUAUUGAACAAUACGGUCCAGCAAUAGAACUUCGAGUCAAUGUUUCUAAACAAAAAAGUUCAAGGGGUCCUGAACCUGGUUUAUCUUGCUGGAGCCUGGAAACUGUCAUUUCACUUUAUGUCUGUAACAACCAGGCUAUUGAUAAAAGUCUGUCAUCCUUAAGCGAUGUGAUGUUUGUUCUGGAGAGUGCCUACAACUAG